AUGGUAAAUAUCUCUAUAGAAGUAAUAGAAAGACUUCAUGAUAAAAUUAAUGACUUUUUCAGAAAUAAGAAUGGAUCAUCUUAUCUCAAAAUAGUGUAUGAGAAAAUCUUAUUUCCAGUAAUAUUUACUGGAAAGAAAAAAUACUACAGCAUUCUACAUAGAAGAAAACCCAAUUUUAAUAAUAAGCUUUUUGUUCAAAAGGUUGAGAUUAUAAAGCAGGAGCAGUCCAAAUACUUUUGUGAGGUGGGUAAGAAUGUCAUAGAAGAAUCCAUGAGACUGAAUAAUACUUGUACCUUGCAUCAGAUUGUGGAAGACGUGCUCAAAGAGACUAUAUAUGAUAUUUCACAGAUAGACUUUAAUGGAGUAGUUAAAACUGCUGUGUAG